UUAAGAAGCCGAGACAAGUCGCUACAAGUCAAAUAUGGCGCUUUACAUGUGAUUUGUGGUCCGUAUGUACGCUCCUUGCAAACUGCGCAGCGGCAGUGAUUCAAUCGACAUAUCGCCGAAGCAUCUGCCUGAGUUUGACCCACUGAUUGGAUCUAUGAUGUGUAUCAAACAUGGAUUACUAGUUGCAUAGGGUCAAGCCCCCGUGACGCGUUGUGCUUGUUAAACCGUGAGAUUGUAUGCGACUGGCACGAUGAUGAAGGGAAGACCAAGUUACGCCUACAGCGAGAAGCUGAUGAAGCAGAUGGGCUGGACCGAAGGCAAAGGAUUGGGGAAAAAUGAGGACGGCAUGCCUGAUUUCAUUCGACCGAAAAAAAAGGUGAACACUAAAGGUGUAGGCUUCAACGGUGUGGACGAUCGUUGGAUCGAGCACCAAGAGGCCUUCGACAUCCUGCUAAGCAACCUCAACGAUGGAAACCCAGCAGCGAAAGAAGACAAGUUGAUUGGGGUUGAAGAGCGGGCAUACAAGCUUGGGGGUCGUGUCCACUACUCAAAGUUUCUUAAAGGAAAAGACUUGAGUCAGAAGAAGAAAGAAGACCUCAAUGCCAUUGUGGUCAAGAGGAAGAAGAACGACGCGGAAAAUGUGCAAGAGGCAGAUGCAACGGGCCAGGAAGAUCUGUCGGGAUUGAAAACGCACACUAGUAGCAUGAGCUACCAAGAGUACUUUGCUCAACGCAUGAAGGCAUCAAGACGUCAUAAAGGACUUAAUGAAGACGGAGACUUGCAGUCUUACGAGCAGACAGAGGAAACUAGAGGUGAAGAUAGUGAGAUAACAUCAAGGAAAAAACACAAGAGGUACGAGAAAGACGAGCAUACGCAGGAUGAAUGGACAUCUCACGCGGAUGAAGAGGUGGUUGGAGCAGGACUAGCACUAAACAGAGCUGAUACUGAGGAUGCCUACUCAAUGUACAACGCAAAUGUUCAACUCAAGAAAAAGAAGAAGUCAAAGCACAAGUCUUAUGAUGGUGGCGACAGCCAGUGGUCUGAGAUUAUCACUGAGCAACGAGCAGACAGGCUUAGUGGAGACUCAGUGCCUGAGGAAUGCUCUUUAGAAGAGGGUGUCCCUAAGAGACAAAGGAAACUGAAACAUGCUGAUGACAGUGAGCAGACAUUCCACGAAGCUACCAUGUCACAGAUGGGGUUUCACUCAAAGUACAGUGCACCUGAUCAAGUUAAGAAAAAGUCGAAGUAUGAGUCUCAUAUUGGCACUGAAAAUCAGUGGACUGAGACCAUCAUAUCACCUGUGGAAUGCUCCUUGAAAGAGGAUGUCCCGAAGAGACUGAAAAAAUCGAAGCGUACAGUUGAGAACAGUGUUGAAAACAGCGAGCAGGCCUUACCUGAAACUGCUGCAUCACAGAUGGAGUUUUGCUCAGAGCACAGUGUGCCACGAGUCAAGAAAAAGUCAAAGCAUGAGCCAGAUCGUGACCUUACAGGUCAGAGGUUUGAGGCUAACACUGAGCAGUGGGAUGACGGGAACCGAUCCAGUUGGGCGCUAGCCGAGACACUCACGUCAUCCACAAAACACAUAGUCCACAAAUCUGAGGAGGCUGCACCGAAGCGAACAAAGAAGCUGAAACGCCAGCCACUGCCCAAAUAUGGAUGACACUGCAGAUGGCAGUCUGCAAGCGUCGACUGUAAUUGUGCCAACCACAGAGUUCUCUUCAGAGGAGCAUCAGCAGCAGAUGAAGAAGUCGAAGCACCGGCCUGUUCACAGUACAGUUGAAGAAGAACAACCAGAGACCAGAAGCAAGAAAGCAGCAGUCGCAAGCCUUGCAGACAGAGCUGCAAAAGAGGAAGUUUCAAUGCUGCCUUUGCAGACCUCCUUUAAGGAGAAGAUGCCAAAGCGAGUCACAAAAAAACCUAAACAGAAAGCACCUGAAGUUGCAGACGAAACGAGCAAACUAAAGAUUCAUUCAGGAUCUGUAGAGGGUACAAGAGCAGCAAAUGGAUGUUUCGAUGAAGCUUCCUCUUUGGCUACAAGGCAACCCGAAAGAGUGCUGAAGCAGUCUGGGAAGUUGAAGAAGAAGCUUAAUCAUGAUCCGACUGAUGAAGUAGAUGAGCAAAAAGGGCAAGAAGACAAAGUGCAAGGCAUGAACAGAGGCACAGCUAAGGCCACUGCGUUGGCUACCAACACCGAGGUGCUCCCGGAAGACUGUGCACCCAGGAAAGUCAAAGCGAAAGCAGGAGGAAAGAGAAAGAAAGUCGUAGUUGCACACCCCAGAAGAAACAAAAAUGUACUGAGCCAGAUGUUACAGCUAAAGCCAGGAAGGAGUCUUACCAACAGCAGGAAGGAGUUGUGGCCACGAAACGAAAACAGGAGCCUGAGCAAAAUGAAGUUGCAGAGGAGAAGACCAAGAAAAAUUCGAAGCAAAACCAAACAGGAGGGUCGACACCUAAAGAACCCAACUCGGAACAAGAGCGAAAUGAAGCGAAGGCUCAAAUCAAGAGGGAGGCUAACGAAAAUCCGAAGCAAAAGUUGACAUCUGGCAAGACCAGUCUAAAGCGAGAAAAAGCUGCUCCAAAUGCUCAAACUAAGGAGGAGUCCAUAAGCCAGAAGGAAGGAGUAACACCUAAAAUAUCUACCCGAAAACUAGAACAAACUGGCCCAGAGGUUAAAACCAAGAAGGUGUCUAAACAAAAGCAGACGGAAGAAUCGACGUCCAACGAGGUUAUCACGGGGCAACAGAACGAGCCAAACGCUAAAGCUAAAAACAACUCCAAGCAAGACCAAAAUUACAAGCAAAAAAUAACACCCAAAAUAUCUAAUCCUAAACAAAAACUGCCUGAGCCCAAACCUGAAACCACAAUUCAGUCUCCACAAAAGCAGAAGGAGAAAAUAAUAACUAAGAAGUCUAACUUUAAGCAGGAACAGAAUGAACUAAACAUUAAAACCAAGAUGGUACCUAAGCAAAAGCAUAUGGAAGGGGUUACAUCUAGUGAAACUAACCCAGAAGAAGAACAGACCAAGAUGAUUGUUAAAAAGAAAACCAUUCAAACUGCAAGUAAGCCAGUUGUAAAGAAAACUGUGCAGACUGCAACCAAGCUGGUUGCAGAGAAACCUUCACAAACACCAAGCAAGGUGGUUGCAAAGAAACCUGCGCAAACUGCAAGCAAGCUUGUUGCAAAGAAAUCUGAGGUUUCAAAUGAACCUGUGCAACUGAGGCAAAAUGUACAAUACAACGCGUAUGGACGCACCAUGCAGCCUGCGGAAUACAAUGCGUACAGGCGUACAAUGCAGCCAGAGGCGAGCACGCGAGGGGCAAGGCAUCCAACAUCUCUGCCUGGACACCGUGGAAGGUUGGGCUAUCCCUUGACGCAUCCGGCCGGCAGCAGUGCAGACUCAUGGGAUUGUCCAUAUGAUGCUGGCAAGGCUGCAAGGGAUUUCAUCGCUUCUCGAAAGAAAAUUGCUAUAAGGAACUCCAGGGCCAGAAAUGCUGCAAGGAAGCAUCAGAGGAAGGCUGAACGCCCUCGUGCAUGGCGCUUAGACAUUAUUGAGAGAGGGAUGUGGCGGCCUUUGUUUAAGCCCGACGUCAAAGUACUACCCGUGGACGACGAUACUGCCAUGACGAUGGCCCAAUGGGUCGUUGACACAGUGGAGCAUUCAGGCUGCAAGGUCACUCCUGCCAAGGCUUGCCACCUUGACAAGGAGACAUUUGCCAUGGCGCUUGCCGACCACAUUUACAUGCAACACAGUGCUUCCAACUGGAUGCAUAUUCCGGGAUAUGGAAGCAAGUCUUGGGUGGAGGGAUGCGUUAACCUCCUGUUUGCCAGGCUGCUUGCAAGGAACCAGAACCAAGCCUCGGAGUCUUUCGUUCAGUGAAAAGAAGGCUUCAGGGGGCUCAACUGCGGGCAGCGGGAUGAGAAAGUGACAUUGCACGACGAUGGCAGCAUCUAAUUUUGUUGUCAAGUUCGGACCAUGAGUCGGAGGUGUUGUUGGACCUCACACAUUACGUGAGACUCCACGAUGGAGUGACUUUAGAUUGGUGCACACCCAUUUUAGCAUUCUUGUGUGGACAAAGGGGCUGUUUUAGUGUCUUCUGAGGUGGUGCAUUUGAAGAAAUAAUGUGACCAUAGCUGCUGCUCUCCAUACACUGUUUUGGUAGUCAGCUGCCGGUCAGUGUGCAUUAGUUCAAGUCUGACCCUGCCUCUUGUAAAUAAAUUCUCCCAGAAAGGUGUAGACUACUACGUCAACAUAAAAGGAUUCCUGAUUAACUGCUGUUGAUAUUAUGUAAAGGCAUUUUUAUUUCUAAUACAUCACUGUAGAUACAGUUGUUGAACUAUUUAUAAGUGCUUGCAGUCAAGUCAUACAGUGAAGUACACUGCUUCAACCUUCAUGCUUGUUCAAUGGUACAGCACAUUUCUUUGUAUGCAUUUGAAAAAAAGUGUAUUGUCAAGCUCAUAUCUAACCUUUUCAAAAGCUUUAUUAGAAUGUCAAGCUUCGUCCACAGUUAAAAAAAAAAAAAAAAGCAGCAAACUACAACGAUGAUUUUGUAAGAUAUGCGGUAAAAAGAAGCUCGGAGGCAAGUAGAAGAGGCCCACAACACAAGCCCCCUUUGGGUCUCUACUGCCAGCCAUCUUUGCAUUUCUUGCAGUUUUUUUUUUCUUUCUGAUAAGCAUCUUAAUAUGCCCAGCAUUCAGUGUUGCUGAACAUGUUUUGGUUACUGGAACCGGUAACAAAGAGCAUUAUAAUUGGUCAUGCAAAGAGCCACCAGAUGUUCUGUUGGAACUUCAAGACUGGUCAUACAAGUAUAAAAGUUCGUAGGGAGAUCUUCAACUUAAAUUGUUUGCCAAAUUGCUGGUGCAGCAGCUUGUUGCUUCACCAUCUGUCUGGUCCAUAGUAUAUCCAAGAAACCUGAGCUCAUACAGUACUGAUCUUGACCAAACUUUGUCUCUUCACUAACUACUACACUCGCUCCCAGCGUUGGAAGUCUGCCUGAGCACAUUUGUGCAGUGUGCUGCUGGGCAAGAACCUGCACAGUUUUAGGUCUUUUUAUGUCUGCGCAGUUUGGGGUCCACUUUAGUUCAGGGAAUGUAGAUCUGACCACUGCAAUCUUCGAUUCAAUGCCACGCAGGAGCCAGUUCGCAAAAUUUCUCUGCUCUUAUUACUUUAAAAUAUAUAUAUAUAUAUAUAUAUAUAUAUAUAUAUAUAUAUACAUAUAUAUCUCUCGUGGGAUUUGUUUUUCAAUGAAGUCGCAUCAAUGGUCACCAGUUUGAUGCCACCUCGUAGUAACACCAUUAUUUGGGUUAUAGUGUUAUGAGAAUAUCUGCUCUGUGUGCUCAUGCAUGUAUUUUUUGAGAGAAGUCUCGAGUGCUAGAUGCUUGUUUGUUACUGCACUUUUAUCCUUGGCUAUCGUGGAUCACGAAGCAUGCUGCUACUGCACUGUUGAUGGCACUGUCAAGAACUGGAUCGGAAAGUGCAGCCAAAUUGGAAGAAACUUUUCUCUACACACUUCUCACUGCCAGGGUGAUGGAUUGCGUUGAAUGGAAGCUACCUUUGGCUUAUUGUCCCCAGAGGGCCUCCUGCAAAACUUCACAGUUGCUAGUGGACAAUGUUUCAUUCGAAAGAGCUCUCAUUUGGUGUGCAGUGUCUUGCCUUCAUGAGCUGUGUCAUGUGCACAUUUGCAGGUCGUCUGGGCUGGUACACUCAAAGGCAUGUAAUCCUCGUAGGUCAUGAGAAGAGGAAGUGAACUUGGCACAAGACAGCGUUGAAGUGAAUUGCGGUGGCCAUUUUAUGACAUUUUAUCCUGAACGGUCAUCUCCAAAAAGGUCUCAAGGAAUUGUCCAGGGCUAUCUUUUGACAAGCUGCACUGCUUAUUCAGACAUUUUGGAAAGUGCAGACUGUGCAGCAUACUAGAUGCUAGGUGCCGGUGCAUUAUUUUAUCCUUCAUCUGCAGCCCAUUAUUUUGUGAUGCCCACUUUACCAUCUGUGAUGAGACUGUACCUUCUAGUUGUCACAACUUCUGUGGUUGGUACUGUUGCACCAUCUCUCAAGAUGGGGGGGGGGACGUGCUGGCCAACUUGAUGUUACAUAUGCUGCUGGCUACAGCAAAACUUGUGUACAGCUGGUUAUUGCCAGUGAAAACCA